CCGGCUGUUGUACAUAAAGAGUAUAGACUUAAUGCAAGUCCAUAAAUACCCGCUGUACACCUCAGUAGAACCUACGCAACCUCCAACUCACCUUCAACUCCCUCCGUUCUCAGGCUAUACAGCUUACAAUCCUCUAAUGAAUGGUAUUUAUGGCUAUUGUUCGAUCGCGGGGUGCAAAUCAUGCCCCGACUUCACAUGGAGCCAUCUCGGUUAUUAUUUCCCCCCCCACUGCAGAUCAAGCUCUCAGUUAAUUAUUCGACUUCAAACCUCAGUCUGACCCACCGUCAAUCAUUGAAGCAAAAUGGCCUCGGUUCCUCAGUCUCCGCGUUGCUCAUUAUUCCCCCGAUCUCCGUCUCCUGCCUCGUUGUUCUCGCAAGAAAAAGUCUAUUGCGGUUUAGUCGCUCCUUCCCCCGCAAACUCGCUCCGGCUCGAGAAUUACGGACAAAUCAGGGAAAAGCGAUCGCUGGUCAAUCCGAGUGUUGAGGACAACAUAAAUACUGGAAGGCGCGCCUGACCUCCCCUGUAAGAGUAUUGGCGAUACGGAAGUGACAUUGGUCCACUUCACGUAUUUUGUGCUCUGCUCUUAUCGCCCA